UAAUACGCGCAACACCCACGGUCUCCUAGCAACCAACGCCGUCCGGAUACAAUGGCAAAAUUUGUGCUCUCUGGACAAACAGACUGUCCACAUUACGCCAAAGCAGAACUAUUAGCAGACAGUCUGCAGCGAUCUCUGCCUAACUUUAGGAUCCAAAAGAUCUCCAUCCUCCCUCAUGAAUGGAAGGACUGGCUGGAGGCCACCUGCAAGAGGAAUGGCUGGAAACACCAUCAGUCUCCUCUGAUUUGGAGGGAACUGGUGGACCAAGGGGGCAAAGGGAUGCUUUUGGGGGGUUUCAGUGACUUCCUAGAGCACUGUCAGGAGUACUACAGCAUCACAUCAGACAUGGGUACAGACAUGAUGCUGAGUGUUGCGGCAGAGAACCUGGAAACCAACGUGAAUCUUAUAGCAGAGGAGCAGUAUCGUGUCAGUCUUAUCAAACCCCUUCACAUAUGGAUCAGCAGUGCUCUCAGCCCGACGUGCAGCUUCCUGAUCCCCAACCUGCUGUCUGCUGAGGUGUUCCCACACGUUUCGACAAUCAGCCUCCACCUGCUGGACCUGGAGGGAGAUGAGGAGGGAUUGCAGUGGCUGAAGAUGGAGACGGAGGACCUGGCACUACAUCUGCUUCAUCAAGUGACUAUUCAUACAGAUCUGGAGCAGGCCUUCCAAGAAGCGGACGUCAUUCUGCUGCUGGACGAGUGGUGGUGUGAUGUCACAGGGAACGACGAAGACAUGAAGAUAAAGGUGAUCUCAGACAGGUACAGAGAGUACGGACGGUUGAUCGACACAAGAGCCAAAAAGGACGUGAAGGUAAUCGUGUCCGGCGACUCGUUCGUCAACCUGAGAUGCUCGCUUCUUGUGGACAACGCGCAAUCCAUCGACAGCCACCAGUUCGUCACCCUGGCAACACAGCUGGAGAACGAAGCCAAGGCAAUCAUUGCGAAGAAGCUGAGAGUGAAGACUUCAGAUGUUACAAACGUCAUAGUGUGGGGGAACAUCAGUGGUAGUUUCUACAUCGACCUGCAGAGGGCGAGAGUUUUCAACUAUGACGGGGCAAUCAAAGGCCCGGCUUUCUUUUCCCAACCAGCCAGAAAGAUUCUCCAUGAAAGGAAAUGGUUGGAAACAGACUUUCAAGACUUGGUGCGCCGUCAGCGUGCAGCUGUGGCUUCAAAGACGUGCCGAGCAGCUGCCAUGUCGCUUGCCAACGGGAUCCUCGCGAUCCUCAAGGCUUGGAACGGCAUUCGUGGUCCAGAUGAGGUCCUGUCUGUGGGUGUACUUUGCCCAGGUGACUACGACCUCCCAGAUGGCAUUGUCCUCUCAGUGCCUGUGACUUUCGCAGAUGGUAAAUGGUCUGCGCUGUUUGAUGUGACCGUUGGAGGCAAGCUGAAAGAGAGGCUUCAGCUUUCUGCAAGUGAACUCAGGCAGGAAAAAGAAUUUGCAUCAGGAAAUUACAUGAUUUUAAAGAACGAAGAAGACAAUUGAAAGAUGUUAAAGAGAACAACAUCACGUGACAACACAAAAAUGAACAAAGGAAAUAAUUCAGAUGAAUCUCAGUUCCAC